AUGGUGGAGCGUUUUCACCGCCAGUUGAAGGCAGCGCUACGUGCGCACGCAGAUCCUUCAUGGUCUGAAACGCUGCCCCUUGUCCUCCUAGGCUUAAGAAACACGGUUAAAGCCGAGUUCGACGCAACACCAGCGCAGCUAGUCUACGGUUGCACGCUGCGGUUGCCCGGACAGCUGGUAGCACCAGCCCCAUGUACUUCCACUUUUGACUACGGAAGUUACACUGACCGAUUGGCUCACCAGAUGCGUGAGCUACGUCCACCCGCUCCUCGAUCGCAGAAGACACCAGUGUACGUGCCCGAGAAGCUGUCUACGUGUUCACAUGUCCUUCUUCACGCAGACGGUGUUCGACAGCCUCUUCAGUCGCCGUACAUAGGCCAUUUCAAGGGGCUUCAUUGUGCGAGUAAGGCGUACACUAUUGACCGCUGUGUUCGACACGAAGUCGUCACCACUGACCGUCUAAAACCAGUCUUUAUGGAAGAAAACCCCUCUCCUACUUCGUCUAGUAGUGCUUCGUGCGACGUCACAACUCACCGCACCAGCUUACAGCAUCCUAGUGCA